AUGUGGAAGGAUGUUAAAGAUACUUGUUUUUAUUUGUCAUACAGUGAUAUUUGUGACUAUGAAGUUUUCGUAACUGACUAUUUAUCUAUAUGGUAUGUCCGUCUGCCUCGAUUAAAAUUUCUUCAGUGUUUAAAGGACAGUAAUACUUUACUUCAUAUGAAGGAUGAUGUUAUGGUAAAUAAAGCUGUUGAUAUACUUUCAAAUCCAAACGAUAUAAAAAAUGCUAAUACCAAAGUGGAGACAAACUCUCUUACUUUAACUAUGACAAAGCAGUUUGGAUACACAUUCAAAUUGAUUUUAAAUCUAUCAGAGGGCUCAAGAGAACUGUUUUUUUUGAAGAUAACCCAGCCAUUAAUACAAAACAUUCAACAACUGAAAGACAAUGAGGCAGAACUAUGUGACCUUCUGAUGAAAAAAGACCAAGAAAUUAAAAAAUUAAGAACCACAGGACAAACUCAUUCACAUGAAGAAACAGUCAUAUUUAAUAGAGAUACUUUUCUCAGAAAACAUAAUGAUUAUUAUCGAAUUCCUGAUAAAUUACCAAGUACAGUAUUGGAUAAGGUGGUCUUUGCACCUGAAACUGUUAUAAAUGUAAAACCAGAAUCUUUGAAUGGCACCAGUGAUGUAAAAUUUAACAUUAAAGCAGAACCUAAUUCGCAAAUAACUGAUACAUUAACUAUAGAACAAAUAGCUAAUGUAAAAGAUGAAAAUGAACCAAAAGUAAAGAGAGAACUAUCAACAAACUUAUCAAAGGAAAGAAAGAAAAUAAAGAAACUAAACUUUUAA